AUGGAAGGAAAGAAAGAAGGCUGCUGUCCAUUGAUUGCAAUUGUAUUGGGAUGCCUCUUUCUCUGCGCAGCUCAAGUUUCUACAGAUGAGCUAAACAAAUUAGAUAAGCUAAGCCUCGGAGAUUCUCUUAUUCCUCAACAAAAUACAACUUGUUUGGUGUCUCCCAAUAAGACAUUCUCUGCUGGAUUUUAUGAAGUGGGCAUCAAUGCAUAUUUAUUCGCCGUAUGGUACACUCAUACGGUGAAUCUAACACUUGUUUGGGCGGCAAACCGAGACCAGCCGGUGAACGGAAGGGAUUCCCGUCUUCAACUGCAAAUAGAUGGAAACCUGCUGCUGUCUGAUGCAAAUGGAAGCACUGUAUGGGAAACCCACACAGCCAGCAACAACUUGGAUGUAAAAGAGGUUCUUCUCCUGGAAACUGGGAAUCUGGUUAUGCUAAAUUCUUCUGGACAGAGCGUUUGGGAAAGCUUUGAGAAUCCAACAGAUACACUUCUUCCCCAUCAGCUACUCAGAGGGAAUGGUCAGUUAGUAUCCAGCUUGCGCUCAGGCUCCACCACCUCAGGAUACUAUCGUCUCUAUUUUGACUACGACAACAUCCUUCGGUUAAGAUUCCAGAGCUCAUAUUCAGCCUCCAACUACUGGCCCACUCCUUACCUGCCCAUUUUUGACAAUGGAAGGUCGUCAUACAACGUCAGCCGUUUUGCAGUUUUGGACUCCUUUGGUGGGUUCAAGUCCAGCGAUAACUUUCCUUUCACCGCCUGGGAUUAUGGCCCGAAUCUUAAAAGAAGGCUGACCUUGGAUUCUGAUGGAAAUCUGAGAUUAUAUACAUUGGAGGAGGAUAAAGGCAUCUGGAACACCUCUUGGAUAGCACUCCCUGAAUGCUCCGUUCAUGGCCUCUGUGGAAUCAACGGAUUGUGCAUUUACAACCCUAAGGCCACAUGUACAUGUCCCCCUGGUUUCCACAUGAAGGACACAGCCGACAGAUUCAAGGGCUGCGCCCGAAAUGUGGAAAUUGCUGAUCUCAGAUCCAGUGCCGUAAAGCUCAUUUAUCUCUCUCACACAGAUUUCUAUGGCAACGAUCUCAUAGGAUACGGCACAUGGAUCACUUUUGAAGAAUGUAAGAGGUCUUGUAUGAAUGAUAAUCAGUGUCAAGGUUUCAGCUAUGUUUCGGAUGGCAAGGGUAGAUGCUACCCAAAAGGCCAACUUCUCAAUGGAUAUCGAUCUCCUUUCGUGCCAAACGACAUGUAUAUUAAGGUCUCCAUCAACGACAGCUCGCUUCUAAAUUCAACAAUCACUACCGAAAUCCUACCCAACUGCAACAGUUCUGUGAUACUUGUUUCUGAUAGUAGCAACUACAAGAUAUCCAAGAAGAGGAAUAUUGUCAAGUAUCCGCUUGGGUUCGCUAUUGCGUUCGGAGUGGUAGAAAUUGUUUGUAUCACGUUGGGUUGGUUGUACAUGUUCAGAGACCAUGACAACAGCUUUGAUUUUGAUCGUCAAGGGUAUUCCGCCAUUCCAAUGGGAUUUAAGAAGUUUAGCUUCCCAGAGCUGAAAAAGGCCACGGAUAACUUCACUGUAAAGCUGGGAGAGGGAGGGUUUGGAAGCGUCUACAAAGGGGUUUUGGCUGAAGAGAAGGUUGUGGCGGUGAAACAACUGGAAGGAGUGUCUCAGAGCGAGGAGCAAUUCUGGGCGGAGGUAAGCAUGAUUGGCAGAGUUCAUCACAUGAAUUUAGUCCGAAUGUUUGGCUUCUGUGCAGAGGGGAAGCACAGAUUGCUUGUUUAUGAGUUUGUUGAGAAUGGAUCGCUGGACAAGUAUCUGUUUACAGAAAGUGAGUGUUUGGGUUGGAACGAAAGGUUUAAGAUUGCAGUGAGCACGGCGAAGGGAUUGGCUUACCUUCAUGAAGAAUGCUUGGAAUGGAUUCUCCAUUGCGAUGUCAAACCUCAGAAUAUACUCUUAGACAGGAAUUUUAAUCCCAAGGUAUCUGACUUUGGAUUAGUAAAGCUGGUGGACAGAGACCGAGCCUUCUCUUUCUCUAAAGUUCGUGGAACUCGGGGAUACGUGGCUCCUGAAUGGGUGAUUAAUCUUCCCAUUACGGCUAAGGCGGAUGUGUAUAGCUUUGGGAUUGUACUUUUGGAGAUCGUGAUGGGGAGAAAUGCGUCCAAUCAAUCAGGCAAUUUGGUGCAAUGGGUUUCUGAGCAGAUGGAGGAGGGAAAGCUUUCAGAGGAAGUUGUAGACGCCAGGUUGAAUGGAAUCAUUGAGAGGGAAGAGGUGGAAGCUGUGGUGAGAACGGCAUUGCUUUGUCUUCAACAAGACCCGGCUUUGAGGCCCUCCAUGAGCCGGGUCGCUGAAUUGCUUUCUAAGAAGACCAGAAAUGGGAAUGAUGCGACAAACACAGAUGCUACAAUUUACAGCGAGAGGGGCACUUUUGGCCACUCAAUUUCGUCCAAUUUCCUCAAGGUUGAGCACGAAGCAAAAGGAGUGAGUAGAAAAUCGAUGUAG